UGCUGAGCCGGAAGCGGGCUUCCAGGAACGAGGGUUCUCUUCACAUCAGUCCGAAGGAAACCUUGGUGUUCAUGGAUUCGUAAAGAAUCACCUUCUCUGCAGAGUUGCUCCACUUUGGCUUCUCUCCUGCGGCUUGGAUCAUGUGUGAGUGAAAACCUAGGAGACAGUUGCCAGCUGAGCUAGUAACAAUGGAAUUGCAUGAAUCAGUGACCUUUGAGGAUGUGGCUGUAGACUUCAGCCAGGAAGAGUGGACCCUGUUGGACAUGUCCCAGAGAAAACUAUUUAGAGAUGUGAUGCUGGAGAACAUCAGUCAUCUGGUUUCAAUUGGCAAACAACUCUAUAGAUCAGAUGUGAGUUCCAAUUUGGAGCAAGAAGAGCAACUUUCAAGAGAAGGGACUGGUAUUCUGCAAUGCCACAGUCAAGACAAGGAAGAUGAUCUUAAAAAACUAGAAAUUAUAUCCAUGCAAGACAUCUGCAGGAAGGACAUGUCCUUAAUCAGUGUAAUGAAAUCUCACAAUCAAGAGGAUCUUUUUGAAUAUAAUGAUUUGGGAGAAAAUUUUACUAAAAUCUUAACAUUGACUCAAUAUGUAAUACCUCAAAUGAGAAGGAAACCCUGUAUCAGCCAAGAAUUUAGAAAAGACACCAGUUACAUGUCAUCCUUUAGUCUACAUAAGCACAUUCAUGCUAGAAGUAAAUCACAUGAAUAUCAUCGUGGGAAUACCUUUAUUCAGAACUCUGCCCUUAGACAAACCAAUGAUUCUCUAACUGAAGAAAAAACAUUUGAAUGUCAUGUAUGUGGGAAACCGUUCAGUAAAAACUCUAACCUUAGACGACAUGAGAUGAUUCACACUGGAGUGAAACCACAUGAGUGUUGUCUAUGUGGGAAGGCUUUCACUCACUGUUCUGACCUUAGAAAACAUGAGAGGAUUCACACUGGAGAGAAAUCAUAUACGUGUCAUCUGUGUGGGAAAGCCUUCAGUAAAAGUUACAACCUUAGGCGACAUGAGAUGAUUCACACUAGAGAAAAGCCACAUGGAUGUCUUCUGUGUGGAAAAGUCUUCAUUCAUUGUUCGGACCUUAGAAAACAUGAAAGAACUCACUUUGGAGAGAAACCAUAUGUAUGCCAUGUAUGUGGUAAGACAUUCAGUAAAACUUCUUACCUUAGACAACAUGAGAGAACUCACAAUGGAGAGAAACCUUAUGAAUGUCAUGUAUGUGGGAAGGCCUUCACUCACUGUUCUCACCUUAGAAAACAUGAGAGAACCCACACUGGAGAAAAACCAUAUGGAUGUCACCUAUGUGGAAAAGCCUUUACUGAAUCUUCUGUUCUUCGACGACAUGAGAGAACUCACACUGGAGAGAAGCCAUAUGAAUGUCACCUGUGUUGGAAAGCAUUCACAGAUUCUUCUGUCCUUAAACGACAUGAAAGAACUCACACUGGGGAGAAACCAUAUGAAUGCCACCUAUGUGGGAAGGCCUUCAACCAUUCUUCUGUCCUUAGGCGCCAUGAGAGAACUCACACUGGAGAAAAACCAUAUGAAUGCAAUAUAUGUGGUAAAGCCUUCAAUAGGAAUUAUAACUUUAGACUCCAUAAGAGAAUUCACACUGGAGAGAAGCCGUAUAAGUGUUACGUAUGUGGGAAAGCCUUCAGUAAGUAUUUUAACCUUAGACAACAUGAAAACACAUGCUAUAAAGAUAAUAAAUGUGGAAGAUUCACCACCUGUAGCCUCAAACUAUAAACACUCUUGAUGACUCGCACACUGAAGAAAAACUAUAUAAUUAAUGUAGAAGAGUCUUUAUCCUUGUUACUUAAACCGAACUCAAAGUGCAGACAAUCUCUAUAUGUCAUCUAUAUGACAAAACCUUUAUACAGUGGACUGAUACAGUGUAUGACCUGGGAGGACUCAAACUUUAAAGGGAAUGAAUGGCAGACACAGCUCUGUUAAACAAAAUGGAGAAACCACGUGUCAUGAAAAAUACAUGUCUAUGAUCAGUGUAAUCAACUGACUUUAUCCUCUAAAGUGAACUGCACAAGAGAAAUCCUAGAUCUAUAAACUGCAGUGUCGUUCAACUUAACACCGUUCUUGGCAUGCAGAAGGGAAUUCACUGUUGAGUUAUUGCCGUAACAAGACAUAAGUGGAAAAUAAUCAUUCCUAGGAGGAAAACAAGGAAUUUGUCAAAGGGCUUUGUUCAACAAGAACUAGGACAUAAAGACUGAGGAUAUUUGGAGUAUUCCCACUCCCAGAGUGCCUCAUCUGCUAAGAUUAAUAUAUAUAAUGACAGAGCACUGGCCCUCCUAGGGACAGGCAGAAAACACUUGACAAUGAGAGAGCAGAAAAAAAACCAAGAGAAUCUGAUCUUGCCUAUAUUCUCUGAUCACAACAGUCAUGAAUCCACAAAUCACCAACUGGGAAUGAGACAAGUCCCAGCCCCUGCCAUAUGCAAAUGCAGAAGGCUAGGAGAGAAAAAGUUUGAGCUUCUUAUCUGCUGGGAUAAGAAGAGAAGGCCUUGUUCUUGGUGUUCACUAGAACAUAACUAAUAUCCCUGUUUCAGAAGUAGCAAAACUGAGAAAAGAGAUGCUUAUAAUCUGUUUAGUUCAUGUUUUCAUAAGGGAGUAUGGAAUGCCCUUCUCAAUUGCCCACUUUACUCCUGUGCUUUUGUUUGAAAAAUUUGUAUUGUUGCUGUAAUUUCAAACUCAUUUUGUUUUCUCUGCUUAAAAUGUUAAACUCUCCCAAAAGUGAUUAAAAUUAGCAGUAAAAUGGAUGGUGUCCUGAAAUGGAGAAACAAAAGUACAGUUGGUUUAAAAAAAAAAUGUUAAACUCAUCCACUAAUGUCAUGUACAGACCAUACUUCCCCUAACCCAGCACUAUUAAAGUUCCCAUUUUCUUCAGGUUUCUUGUAACUUUGUGUAUGAUAUAUAAUAAUUAUUGUUACAAAGUUCUUUCCAACUCCAAUAUAAAGAUAUGUGUAUGUUCAUGUCUUUAUUUUCCUAUCAACUUUACUGCUUUGACAAGAUAACUCUCUUUUUAUGUCAGACAUUGUCUAUAAAUAAGGUAGAGUGUGAGGUUGAUGUUUUUUUUACCCAGAGAGGUUGGCUGUUCUCUCAGGCAGAUGGAGUGUAGACACAGCACUUUCUCCAUUCAGGAACAGCCUGGGUUGCAGCUUUGAUGUCAGUUACUCUGACUUUCAUGCCUUUCAGGUCAGUAUAAAUUUAUUGCAGGCAUCUUUCAAAGUACCACAAACAGAAGGUAGUACACUGGCAUUGUUGCCUUGUCCUCAACUAAUAACAUAUAGGGAAAAGCAGCCUAGUAUUGGAGAUUCUACAUUUCAAUCAGCCCACACCAGACCAUGUAUCCUGAUAACCAUCUGCUUGUUUUUAUUCCCUGUUGUAUCUUAAAUAGUUUUCACUGUUUCCCCAGAUGUGGAAAUAAGAUCUCAACUUUCCUAAUGAGGACUCAUCCUUUUUUGUAAUGUUAGUUCUUACAGUCUCUAGUUCCACAAUUCUUUUAAUUCAAAAA